UCCACUUCCUGCCCGAACAGCUCAGUUCAGGAAGAAGAAAUAAUGGCGACGCUUCUGGGGUCCGAGUCCCCUUGUACUGGAGGAAAACGAAGAAAUUGCAACAGCAAUAUCGUCACAAAGUUCACGGCCAGUAAAAUUACUGGCCAGGGUUUCAGUCGAGGGACACAGCUCCCAGGAGGCCUGCUCCAAGAGAGAGAUAAACGGGCCAAGUGGCAUGGCAUCCCUACUCUGCUGCAGAAGCUCUACGAGAGCAGCCAUCCCAACAGUGACCUCUCCCAUGCCCAUAGCUUUCUUAAGGUAUUAUCAUCCCAGCUCUCCAUGGAGGCCAUGUCUUUUGUCACGGAAGACAGGAAGACCGCUCAGGAAUCCACCUUCCCCAACACAUACACCUUUGACCUCUUUGGUGGAGUCGAUCUGCUUGUGGAGAUCUUGAUGAGACCCACAUUAACUAUGCAGAAGAAAAAACCCAAAAUGAAUGAUGACUUGGUCAAGGACUGCCUUAGUGUGCUCUACAACUGUUGUAUAUGUACGGAAGGGGUCACAAAGAGCCUGGCAGCGAGGGAUGACUUUGUUCUGUUUCUCUUUACGCUGAUGACAAACAAGAAGACCUUCCUACAGACUGCUACCCUUAUUGAAGAUAUUCUUGGAGUCAAAAAGGAGAUGAUCCAGUUAGAGGGCAUCCCUAACCUGUCAGGCCUGGUACAAAGCUUUGACCAGCAACAGCUAGCCAACUUCUGCCGUAUCCUAUCUGUCACCAUCUCAGAACCUGAUGUAGGAAACGAUGACAAGCACACCCUCUUGGCCAAAAAUGCCCAGCAGAAACGCAAUGCUAGCCCUUCACGGGCAGAGGUCAACCAGGUAACCCUGCUGAACAUCCCUGGCUUCAUUGAGCGGCUGUGUAAGCUGGCUACUAGAAAGGUGUCUGAGGCCACAGGAGCUAACUUCCUGCAGGAGCUGGAGGACUGGUACACCUGGUUGGACAAUGCUCUGGUGCUGGACGCCCUCAUGCAGAUGGCUACUGAGGAGGCUGAACAAAGCAGUACAGAGUCAUCAGAUGAAAGUUCCCUGGCCACCAGCCCUCUGAGGCAUCGACUGCCCCAGUCCAUGAAGAUCGUUCAUGAGAUCAUGUAUAAAGUGGAAGUGCUCUAUGUGCUGUGUGUUCUUCUUAUGGGCCGACAGAGAAAUCAGGUCCACAAGAUGCUGGCUGAGUUCCGCCUCAUCCCAGGGCUCAAUAACCUGUUUGAGAAGCUGAUCUGGAGGAAAUACACUGCUUCAAAUCAUGUGGUGCAUGGCCAGAAUGAGAACUGCGACUGUAGUCCAGAAAUAUCCUUCAAAAUCCAGUUCCUGCGACUACUUCAGAGUUUCAGUGAUCACCAUGAGAACAAAUAUCUUCUGCUGAAUAGCCAGGAGCUAAACGAACUGAGUGCCAUAUCCAUGAAGGCUAACAUCCCUGAGGUGGAAGCUCUGGUAAACACAGACCGAAGCUUAGUGUGUGAUGGGAAGAAGGGUCUCCUCACGCGAAUCCUCACCGUCAUGAAGAGGGAGCCUCCAGAUUCGUCCUUCAGAUUCUGGCAGGCGAGGGCAGUGGAAAGUUUUCUCAGAGGAGCCACCUCCUAUGCAGACCAAAUGUUCCUACUGAAGAGAGGACUACUAGAGCACAUCCUCUUCUGCAUCAUAGACAGUGGUUGUACAUCUCGAGAUGUCCUACAGAGCUACUUUGAUCUGCUUGGAGAGCUUAUGAAGUUUAACAUUGAUGCCUUCAAAAGAUUCAACAAAUAUGUUAACACUCCAGAGAAGUUUCAGACCUUCCUGACGCAGAUCAACAGUUCUCUGGUGGACUCUAACAUGCUGGUGCGCUGCAUCGUCCUUUCAUUGGACCGCUUUGAGAGCCAGACUGAAGAUGUCAAAGUGGUGGAGGUACUUUCUGAGUGCUGCCUGCUGUCCUACAUGGCCAGAGUUGAGAACAGGCUGUCCUUCCUCUUCCGACUGAUCAACAUCAUCAACGUACAGACACUCACACAGGAGAAUGUGAGCUGUUUAAACACCAGUUUGGUGAUCUUGAUGCUGGCCAGAAGAAAGGCUAAACUGCCCUUCUACCUCAAUGCCCUGCGGGAGAAGGAGUAUGCUGAGAAGUACCCGGGCUGCCUGCUCAACAACUUCCACAACCUAUUGCGCUUCUGGCAGCGCCACUACCUCAACAAGGACAAAGACAGCACCUGUCUGGAGAAUAGCUCCUGUAUCCCCUUCAGCUACUGGAAGGAGACAGUGUCAGUGCUGCUGGGCUCAGACAGGACUUCUCUGUGUGCCAUAGCGAGCUACAUUGAUGAGCCCUUCAUGGAUCUGGACAGAGAUCUGCUGGAGGAUUGACCACCAGUGUGUGCACUCAGUGUGCUGGGGGGGAGGGGCAGGGCAGAGGGUCACAUGGAGCAUGGACACCUAAAGCUGGUGACGACUCCUCUAAGCUGAGCCAUCCAGGCGCUUUGUGACUGCGUUGUGGAUGUAAAGACUCCCCCGUUUGCUGUCUGUACCUUCGCAUGGAAGCCGUUAUCACAGAUGUGAGGGGAUGUGAUUUGCCUGGCUGUCAUCUUCUCACCAAGUUACCGUCCUCUUCUUCAAAGUAAGGGGGGGGUGGGGGAACCUGUAUGCCCACCCCAGAUCGCCCACAUCGUUGAACGGACAAUAAAGGGACCUUGCAAAAUGACACCUGCAUUGGUUGUUUGCUUUAGGUGAAAUUCAAAUAGAGCCUUUUAUAUAACCUAUACAAAAUUCUAUGAAAAAAAUAUGUAUGAUUCAACAAAUUAUAUGUAAGAAAAAAAGAUUCUUUUCACGUGGACUUGGUUAGCCACAGAUUACACCGUCACCCACACAUGCUGGUCAGUGGUGCAUCACAGGGCUGCCAGGAGUCCCCGGCCUCACUCUCCCACUACCUACACGCUCCCAUGCCACUCCACUGCCUGACCUGUGGGGGGGGGGGUGAUAUUGGAGUUUUUGCAGGGGUCUUCUCAAUGAACUGCAUUUUCAUUUAACCUGUACGUGGGUCUAUUUUAUUAGGUGGCUAUUGUUGAUCGGUGCUUUCUGGCUCUACUCGGCACAUUUAGGUAGCUCGUGGGCCAGCUGACAUGGUUCACAAAUCACACGGGGCUCCUCUCACUGAAAACCAUCCACUCUAUCGUGGCUUCAGAAGCUUCACCCAGGGACUUGUUUCUUUACCAGGUUUUUUUUGUUGAUUUACUUUUGUCUUUGUUGAAAACAAUGGCUUUUAGCUCUGGAUAAACUGUAGAAUAAAACAUUGCACAGAUUAAAUUGUUUUUAUUGUUUAUUAUAUUUUAACACAUUUGUUGAUUAAAAACGUCUUCAUUUUGUAACAUAAUUUGUAUCCAUGUUGUAAGAGAUGCUUUGGGAAGAGAAUAAACUAUGCAGGCGCUAGUGUUAAGAUACCACUUUCAUUGUUCCAGUCCACACAAAAUGUAUGUGAAAAAGCCUUCUGCCCAACAUCAUCAGCACUGGACUGAAGGUUUACAGCUUUUUCUGGUUUCUGGGAUUUCCUAAAAUCUUUGAUUACAAGCUGAGAAUGACAAUCUUUCUGUGUGAUGGCUCUUUUUGCAUGGCACCACUUGCUCUUUUAGUUUGGAUAAAGAUGAAGUAGUGGGCACGGCUAUGUCAAUGAUGUGUCCCUGGCCAGAAUGUGCAGCUGUUUUGUGGAAAUGGAAGAUCCAGAGCCGAACAGAUGUUUGGUGUCUCAAAUUUAAACAGACCCAACCUGAGAUAAGUACAAAUGGAUGAGCUACCUCAUAUUUUAUCCUGACACCGUACAGAUCAAACCACUCCUAAUGACUAGUGUACAGUUUUACUCCCAGCAUGUCACGAGUCAUAAUACAUGUUCAUAUGAAUGUAUAAGGGCAUUUCUACAGUUGGCCCCUGUUGCCAUGAGUUGCUAGUGCUAUGCCGCCUUGGGAUGCAAACACAAAUGUCCUUUACACUUUGAAAGCCUUUUUAUUUGCUUUAAAGCUGAUAAACCAGAAAUGUUUUUUUUUUUUUUUUCUAGCUUUCUUUCAGCAUGUCUUAAAUCUCUUGAUGGGUGUGCACAUACUUUGAAUUAGUUCAUCUUUUGUGCUUUGCAGUGAAGUUAAUGCAACAACACUUUACAAGUGCUUCUCUCUUACAAAUUCUCGGUGUCUCUGCUGAAUGCCCGAGAUAUCUGCAGUGGUUUCUUGAUAACAUGAUGUGAUUUGACACAGGGUACAUCUGGAGUGCUGUUAGUACUCAUCGUGUGUUAUCAUUGAUCCGAAUCCCUCCUAUCACUCCAGUCAUCAACCAUGGAGGCCAGUGAGGCUAUGGGUAUAAAAGCAUGAAUGUUUUGAGCGCUUUUCUGGAGCAACUAUAUAAACAAUCUCUGAAGCUUGACUUCUGUAGCUUUGUGAUCUGAAUUUCAGAGAGUGAUCCUUCUGUAUGAUGCGUAAGAGAAUUGGUUCUCAACAGUUAUGCUGUAUGUGGUGUGUCCUAGUAGGCCUUAGAUUUCAUUCAUUAGUUUGUAUAGAAAAUGGUGAAAUGUUAUCCCCUUGGCCAAGAACAUGCUGCAUAGUGCUAAAUAUAACACUAUUUUGUUUUAUUUUAGAUCCCUGAUAUUUUGACUUUAUUAACUGGAGAUUUAUGUAAUGUUUGGCAUGAUGAGGAUAUUAUUAGACAUAUUUUGCAACCAGUCCUAAAUUCACAUUCAAGACUCAAACCAUGUGGUGCUUUUAUUUUCAUCAAAUAUGAUUGUGUUUCACCUCACUAGUGUCGACAGCAUCUAUAGCGUUUGUUGAAAAGGACGUUUACAAAAUGCUGACUGGAUUAUGUUCAUGGUGUAAAAUCUAAAUAAUUCAUUUAAGAUAACUGCCCUUGUAUUUUCCCCUCAUUUGCAUUGGCAUUGAUUAAUGCAUAAAAUCUAACAUGGUUGUGUUUUUUCACUUUCUUUCUCUUUUUAACCGUUUGACUAUCAAACAAUCAGACAAAAGAUUCAUGUUUCAGUUUCACAUUCUACUAUAACUACUUCUGUAACCAACUUUCACCCUCAUGUUCCUAAUGCUGGUAUUGAACUUCAUUUUCCUUGUUUAACAGCUGUUUGUCAAAUUAAUAAUAUAAUAAAUUCUUAUCUAGACCUUC